GGCGGAUGUGGCCGGAUAAAGAUGGCUUGGCGGGAUAGAGCCCGGCGCGAGACCCCAACUUUCACCUUCACUUGACUUCGCAUUCACUUCAUACAUUGCAGCUUACGACUGCUCACCAACAUCUAUAGUUACGAUCCGCGCCGACCGUCAAAUCUCUCGAACACGGUCACCGCCGGUGCCGACAAUAUGUCGCUCUUCGGCGGCGCGGCUGCAGCGAAUGCCAACCCUACGCAAGGCGACCUGAGCAAAGAUGUUCAGGUGAGCGACCCACCAACCGACAGCAUCUCCGACCUGGUCUUCAGCCCCGCAUCAGAUCACCUCGCAGUCUCAAGUUGGGACAACAAAGUGCGGAUCUAUUCGAUCGAUCAGAAUGGGCAGAGCAGUGGUGUCGCGUAUUUCGAGCAUCAGGGACCGGCAUUGAACUGCUGUUGGACCAAGGAUGGCCAAAAAGUCAUCGGAGUCGGCGCCGACAAAGCUGCGCGUAUGCUCGACCUCGGCGCAGGCCAGACACAAGCGAGCCAAGCGCAACAGGUCGCCGUGCAUGACCAGCCCAUCCGCUGCUGUCAAACUAUCGUCGCAAACGGCACGCCGAUGCUCGUCACCGGCGGCUGGGACAAGCUCGUCAAGUACUGGGACAUGCGCUCAGACAAGCCUGCUGGCCAGCUCGAAGUUAAGGACCGUGUAUACACUAUGGACGUCCGCAACGAUAUGCUCGUCAUCGGGACCGCAGAACGCUGGAUAGAAGUCGUGAACAUCAAUAACCCCAUGAGCACCUACAAAACCAUACAGUCUCCGCUUAAGUGGCAAACCAGGGUCGUUAGUAUCUUCUCUCCCGAAGCCAACGGAUACGCGAUUGGCAGUAUCGAAGGGCGCUGCGCCAUUCAGUACGUGGAAGACCGCGAUCAGUCGAACAAUUUCUCGUUCAAGUGCCAUCGGCAGCAGACAUCGAAAGACGUCUCGAACGUGUUUGCAGUCAAUGCCAUCUCUUUCCACCCACAGCAUGGCACUUUCAGCACGGCUGGCAGUGACGGUACGUUCCACUUUUGGGACAAGGACGCUAAACAUCGGCUCAAGGGUUACCCGGAGGUUGGAGGCACAAUCAGUGCGACGGACUUUAACCGUUCGGGAAGCAUCUUCGCGUAUGCAGUCAGCUAUGACUGGAGCAAGGGUUACCAGGGGAACUCGCCGAACCUUCCGAACAAGAUCAUGCUACAUCCGAUCACUGGGGAUGAGUGUAAGCCGAGGCCGAAGACGAAUAAGCGGUAGUAUCGCAAUGCAAGCUAGACUGUUACAUGGCAUUGCAGGUUUGCAGGCUUGGAGACCUGCAUGCAUUUCACCAGUGAUCGAGAUGCGCUUAAUGGGCUUAGCGAGGCGUUGGGGUUGCGAAAACAUAGUGUAAGCGAUGUUAGCUAACGGACACGAAAUCUCGCCGUGGAGAUUGGAAAUCAUUUCUUGCAGCGUUUCUUCACGCAACCUUGCCGCUGACUACUGGCCAUUUAAAGUGAUCGAACCACGUGCCAAACCCAUAUUGAGCCUCAAGGCAAUCUUCUCUAAAUCAACCGACCACGGCUGGAUGGCAGCGAGCUAAGCAGGCUCAGGAAUCAUUCUGCAAGGAAGCCCAGUCACAUGGAAAUCAGAGGGUCGCGGUUACCAUCUCCACCUUCUCGACAAGCUGUCGCAGUUCCACAGUGUCACCC